GACUCGGAAGCUAUUUCCAGCUGUCAGACACAUUUUGGUAAAUCAGUUUCAGCUAGCUCUCAGUUGAAAGGAAAAUAAAAGUUAACAUCACUUCGAAAUGGACAGUCCACGAUGGUUGCCUUUGGAGUCAAAUCCAGAAGUCAUGACAAAGUUUGUCAAUUGCUUAGGUAUGAGACCAACCUGGCAAUUUGGAGAUGUUUACGGAUUGGAUCCAGAGCUUCUCAGCAUGGUGCCACGACCAGUGUGCGCGGUGCUGCUUCUCUUCCCAGUGACAGAGAAGUAUGAGGCUUUCAAGCAUGAAGAGGAAGAGAAACUCAAGGGUCAGCCACAGGACGUGUCCCCUGACGUCUACUUCAUGAAGCAGACUAUUGGAAACGCCUGUGGAACAAUAGGAUUAAUUCAUGCAGUGGCAAACAACCAAAAACACCUGGAGUUUGAGCCUGAUUCUCCUCUUAUGAAGUUUAUCGUACAAACCUCUAAAAUGGCCUCAGAGGAAAAGGCUGCCUUCCUGGAAAAAGACGAGAGUAUACGUGUGACACAUGAAUCCAGUGCGCAGGAGGGACAGACUGAGGCCCCAAGUGUAGAUGAGAAAGUGAAUCUGCAUUUUAUAGCUUUUGUGAAUGUUGGGGGACAGUUAUAUGAACUGGAUGGCCGCAAGCCUUUCCCUAUUGUCCACGGCAAAACGUCCGAAGGCACUUUACUCGAGGAUGCUGUAGAGGUUUGUAAGGUCUUCAUGGCUCGCGACCCUCAGGAGGUUCGUUUCACCAUCAUUGCCCUCUCCAAAGAUUCAUAUUGAGGAAACUCCUUUGUGAUCCCAGAGAAAGAAGAAAAUAUGACUGCCAAACAUUCUCAAGUGCUCGCUCAAUUGGAGAGUUAGAUUUUUCUUUCAUUAUUUUUCAUUUUUGUGGCAAAGGUAAGAAAAAGGUCAGGGAUAUCAUUUAAACUAAUAACAUCUUUUAUGCAUCACUUGUUAAGGAAAUCAGAGUGCUCCUGUGAAAACAAAAGUAUUUCUUGUUGAGAUCAAACUCUUCCAGAUCCACACUGCUGAAACAUUGUGAGAGCUGUAAUACAGAUAUCAACUGUACUACCCUGACACUGCACUACAUUUUGUUUACAUGGCGUCUUUGACUUUCAAUUAAGAAAGAUAUAUUUCACAAGAUUUCCACAUGUGAGGGAGCACAACUUAACUUUUUUACCCUGGGUUCAAUGGUUCAUCCUGUAUGGAAUGAUUUGUUUAAGAUGAUGUGUCUAACACAUGGUCAAAACCGGCUGCAGAAAUAUGUUUGGCAAGGCUUUAAUUUCAGUCAUAGCUUUCAAAAAAGAUAGGCCUAUUACAGUAAUGUUAUAAAAAGCAGAAAAAUAUAAGUCUUCUGGAAGAAAGGCUGAAAUAUGAAAUUUGACUGUACAUUAGUGGGGAAGGUGCCCACAUUUUUGUAAUAUGAAUUACAAAUUCUGUCAAAUAAAAGGCAAAUUUACUACACA